AGCAAAACACAGGCAAACCACCCAAAAGCCACUCGAGUUUGUCAUUCUUAUCCUUUUUCUUCAUCUUCUUCCGAAGCAAGAACAAUGGUGGUGGAGUGCCAUCCCCUGUUGAGAGGAGGAAGGAGGGAGAGGAGAUACAGCCAUGGAUUCUCUGCAGCUCAGAUUCAAGCUCUUGCCGCCAUCUGCGAAACCCUAAUCCCUUCCGUCCCGCUUGACUCCAUCAACCCAAGAAUCCCCCAUGAUGAUCAGGCUCUGCAUGGCUUCUACAGCGCUUCAGGGUCGCAGCAUCAUGUUCCCGACGAGGUUGCUGAGCUUUUGACGAAGAGGGCUCAACGCCAAGUUGUUGCGAUGGUGAGCAUAGUGCUGAAGAUGCUGUCCUUCAGGCUGGGCACCCUCGUGCUGUGUUGGGGCUCCUGCUUGGCUUCGACAUGGCCUUUCAUCCUCAACUUCUCCGAAAUGCCUGUGGAGAGCAGAGAGAGAGUUCUCAUGAACUGGUCGAGACAGAAGUUCCUGGUUCCCUUGAGGGUUGUCUUCGUGAUGAUCAAACUCUACUGCCUUUUCAUCUUCUACACUUGGACAGAUGAAAACUCAAGCAACCCAGCAUGGGAAGCAAUAGGAUACCAAGUGGACACCAGAGAGAAACCCAACGACUCCCAUAACAAGCAAGAGAGGCCUCUUGAGAGAGGCCUCGUGGAAACCGUGCAUGAAACCGACUCAUCCCUCAUUCAAUCCCUCGCCCAGAAGGGACUCGAAGUCGCUCAAAUUCCGCAGCACAACGCCUUCAGGGUUAAGUGCGAUGUAGUCAUCAUAGGCUCUGGCUGCGGAGGAGGCGUCGCGGCCGCAGUCCUCGCACGCUCAGGCCAAAAAGUGGUGGUUCUCGAGAAGGGCAAUUACUUUGUCCCGCAGGAUUACUCGUCCCUAGAAGGGCCGUCACUGGAUCAGAUGUAUGAAUCUGGCGCACUGCUCUCCACUGUUGACGGGAAGAUCGUGGUCCUUGCCGGCUCCACCGUGGGAGGUGGGUCCGCUGUAAACUGGUCGGCUUGCAUCAGGACCCCAAGCCAUGUCCUGAAGGAAUGGUCGGCGGAUCACAAGAUAAGGCUUUUCGGAACACCUGACUAUGUGUCUGCUAUGGAUGCUGUGUGCAAGAAGAUUGGUGUCACUCAGAAAUGUGAACAGGAAGGGUUUCAGAAUAAAAUUCUGAGGAAAGGUUGUGAGAGUCUGGGCUUGAAAGUCGAAGCUGUCGCUAGGAAUUCAUCAGAGAGUCAUUUCUGUGGAUCUUGCUGUUAUGGGUGUAGGACAGGGGAGAAGAAGGGGACCGAUUCAACAUGGUUGGUCGACGCAGUCGAAAAUGGAGCGGUCAUCUUGACGGGUUGCAAGGCCAAGAAGCUCAUUCUGGAAAAUACCCAACAUGGAGAAAAAACCAAAAAAUGCUCAGGAGUGAUUGCAUCGUCUGUCCUCAACAAGGAGAUUACAAAGUAGCUCCACAUUGAGGCUAAAGUGACGAUCGCUGCAUGCGGUGCCGUCUCAACACCGCCGUUGCUGAUUUCAAGCGGCCUGAAGAACCCGAACAUCGGGAGGAACCUGCAUUUGCACCCGUGCUUUUUCGCCUGGGGCUAUUUCCCAGAGAAUCUGACUGGGAUCAAAGGCAAAGUGUACGAAGGAGGAAUCAUCACUUCGCUCAACAAGGUUGUCUCGGAAACCGGUGCCCCUGUCCCGGCGAUUAUAGAAACUCCUUCUCUCGGGCCCGGCCUAUUUUCUGCCUUCUGUCCUUGGACUUCAGGCGCCGACAUGAAGGAAAGGAUGAGAAAAUAUUCGAGGACUGCCCAUCUCUUCACACUGGUCCGAGACAAGGGCUCAGGGGAAAUUAGAGAGGAGGGGAAAAUCGUCUACAACCUAGGCGAAUUCGACAAGGAGAACAUGAAAAUCGGGCUGAGGCAAGCUCUGAGGAUACUGAUUGCUUCAGGCGCCGAGGAAGUGGGUACACACAGGAGCGAUGGGCAGAGGAUGAAAUGCAAAGGGACCAAGGAAGAAGACAUCGAAGAGUUCUUGAACGGCAUUGUGGUCAGUGGAGGGCCCACAUCGAGGGAAGAACUGUGGAACUUGUACGGCUGUGCACAUCCCAUGGGAAGUUGCAGGAUCGGGGCUAGUGAGAGAGAUGGCGCUGUGGAUGAGAGCGGUGAGAGCUGGGAAGCCAAGGGCUUGUUCGUCUGUGAUGGGAGCUUGAUGCCUACUGCAAUUGGGGUUAACCCCAUGAUCACCAUCGAGUCCACUGCAUAUUGCAUUGCCAUGAAGAUUGCGGAGUCCUUGAGCAGAAAAGCAUAAGACCUUGGAACUAUGACUGAGCUAAAUGAUUCAUAUGCUGCAUCUACUUCUUGCUUUUGAGUACUAGAAUCUGUCGCUUCCUAGAUCCAAAUGAAUCGUGAUGUAAGAUAAUAUAAUGUCCGGUGAACGCUAUGUCCACUUCAUCUUUCUAGUU